AUGCCUACAGAUCUCGAGAACGCGAGACUCAUGCUCCUUUGCCUGCAAUUCAGCACCGCCACCACCUUCGACUACAAAAAGAUCGGCGAGGAAUGCGGCAUCUCCGCUGGCGCCGCCAGCAAGCGCAUGAGCCGCCUCAAGAAGGCCAUCAAGGAAGGAAAAGAGACAAACCUCGACGUCCGCUACCUGUGGUCUUGCAUUCGGUUGUCGGACAUGGACAAUGUCGACUUCAAGGCUGUGGGCGCUGAGCUCAGCCUCAAUCCUGGCGCGGCAUCCAAGCGCUGGUCGCGCCUGAAGCAGGCACUCGAGCGUGGUGAGACGGGCUCCACCGGCCCGGCCACCGGUGCUGACGUUGGAAAGCAAGGCGGCGCCAGAAACGGCAAGAAGCGUCAGAACGCUGAAAUUGCAAGCGAUCAAGAGCCUGACGCUGCCAAUGCCAAGAAGGCAAAGAGCAAGCCUGGCACUACUCGCAAGACCAAGGUCGAGGAGAAGAUUGGCAACGAUGACGACGGUGCUGCAGAGCCUCUCAGGGAAGCAGUCACGACUGGCGCUAAGAACAAGAAGUCAACCGUCGACGCCGACACCGACGUCACCCGCGUCACUGCCGAGACGCCCAAGGCCAAGUCUGCUCCUCGCCUUCGCCGCCCCAGACCCUUGACGGAUGAGGAGAUAUACAAGAAACUCGAUGUCGACGAGGCUGAGAUUCUGGAGAAGCGUAGCAUGGGCCCCAACCCAGUUCGCGCCUACCCCAAGGCUCACAACCUUACUGACACCUUCCAUGCCCUGCGCACGCCCGACGGCAAGGAAGUCGCCCCCAUCAGCGGUGUCUUCGACAACAUCAUCUCCCCCGGCGGCGCCCCCGCUGGCGGCUACCCCACGCCGACUGACAACAGGGUUUUGCCGAGCGAGCAGCAGCAACAGAACAAGCCCAAUUCGCAGGAAAUCUUCGCCGAGGAUGCUAUGAUGAGCCCGAGCGGCGGCGGCGGUAGCACCGCCGAUAGCACCAUCACAGCCGACCAGCAAUCCUCGACUAAGAAUAGCAAAAGCAAUGGCAGCGUUGUUGGCGAUGACUGGUUCCAGGUCCCACAGAACCUACCGAAUCCCUUUGUCGACAGCGGCGCUAACGGCGGCGGUCGUGCUGCCCGCGUUGACUACAUGUCUGCGUUCUUCCUCAGCAAUGAUGAUGUGCCGGGCGAUGAUGAGGAGUAUUGCUGA